AUGAAAAAUAAACAAUUUGAGGACAAUGCAGAAUACAUAUCAAAACAACUUUCGCAUCAUAUAUAUUAUUUAAAAAGAAAGGAACGACACGAGUUAAGACAGAUUGGCUCAUUACAUCAACAUUCUAGUGGUCCUUCAAGAAUGUUCAACCAAAAAAAAAAUAGAUUUGGAACUCAUCCUGAGCGAUUUGCACCAAAUGAUAUGCCAGAAGGAGAAAACACUAGUACCUUAAACCAAAAAAGAGCCUGGUUAAAAGCAACAUACAUGUUGGUUGAUAUAGACUGGAACCGCGUCAACAGGUAUUAUAUUAUAUUAAUAAUAAUCUAG